AUGCUGCCUGUUUGGGCAGGCAAAGACACGAUCGUAAAGCGCAUUCGCGAAAAUGCGACUGUUAUACUUGUAGGCGAGACAGGCAGUGGUAAGACGACGCAAGUCCCGCAAUUUUUAUUCCAAGAAGGCAUCGUGCCGAGGCAUGGCCGCCAAAUGAUUGGUAUUACGCAGCCGCGCCGCGUUGCUGCGACGUCGCUAGCAUCGCGCGUAGCCGACGAGAUGGGGUGCCGCGAUCCUGCGGUACUGACACACAAAGACGACGGCAGGUCCGAGUAUGUCGGGUACUCGGUCCGUUUCGAAGACCGGACCAGCAAACAGACGCGAAUCAAAUUCAUGACCGACGGCAUGUUGAUCCGCGAGAUUUUGGGACCGGUAGAAGGGGCCGCGGAGACGUGCGCGCCGAAUUCACGCGCUGCGAACGCGCGACUGCUAAAGCGAUACAGUGUACUCAUCAUUGACGAAGCACACGAGCGAUCGCUGCGCACAGACGUGCUUCUUGGGCUUGCCAAGCAGAUCCAGCAAGAGCGCCAGCGUUUGGUCGAUGCAAAAGAACUUGGCGCCACACCUCUCAAACUUGUCAUCAUGAGUGCCACGAUCGAUGCUGAGGCGUUUGCGCGCUUUUUCCGCAGCGCCGACCCCAUUCCCAUUUUGUACGUUGCGGGGCGGCAGCAUGGAGUGCGACUGUACUAUACAGAAGAGAGCUGCCAGGACUGGACUGAUGCUGCUGUGCGUGCGGUGAUGCAAAUUCACGUCUCCAAACCGCCGGGCGACAUACUCCUUUUUGCCACUGGCCAAGAAGAAAUUGAGUCUUUAGCACAGUCGCUCCAGCUGUUUGCAUCGCAGGUGGAUGCAUGGGCAGAGGAGCAGGGGUUUCCGAGUGCGCAGGAACUGCUUGUGCGUCCUUUGUACGCGGCUCUAGGUCCGGCUGCGGCGGCAGCGGCGUUUGCACCCACGCCCGAGCGCACGCGGAAAGUAGUGCUCGCCACCAACAUUGCCGAGACGAGUAUUACCAUCCCGGGAAUCCGCUACGUGAUCGACUCGGGCCUUGUAAAGGAAAAGGUGUUUUCGCCCCAAACAGGCGUGGAGACACUCCAGGUGCACCCCAUAUCGCAAUCAUCGAGCGUGCAGCGCGCUGGUCGCGCUGGUCGUGAAGGGCCUGGCAUGUGUUUCCGUCUGUACACCAAAGAUGCAUUUGCAGCCCUGCCAAAAGUACCGGUGCCCGAAAUCCACCGCACCGAGCUGUCUGGCGUUGCCCUCCAGCUCUACGCCAUGGCCCUGGAUCCGUUCCACUUUGACUGGAUCGAUCCGCCAGAGACUGCUAUGCUACAAGAAGCCGUCUUGCACCUUGCCGAGCUUGGUGCCAUCACAUGCGCAAAAGGGAGAGACGUGCAGCUUACGCAACUGGGGAGACAGCUGGCCCUGCUUCCCAUCACGCCGUCCUACGCGCGUCUCUUGCUGGCCGCUGCAGAGCGCGGCCCCACAGUAGCGCGCCAAGCGCGCGACCUGGUUUCCAUCCUCUCUGCAGACCGAAGCAUGUUUGUCGAGUCGCGCGACCCCGAGCGGAAGGAAGCCGUGGACAAAGCGCGCGACAUCUUUACGGAUCCGAGCGGCGAUCAUGCCACCUAUUUGAAAGCCUUGCAGGCGUACCUAAACGUCAAGGCGCAUGCUAGCGGUGAGAAGGCAAGCGCAAAGCACGAGCUGUGCAGCUGGUGCCAUGCACACGGAAUUCGCGAAAGAACCAUGCGAAAUAUUCUUGCGAUUCGCAAGCAGCUCGUACGUAUUUGCAGUCAGCAUGCUAUUCGCUGCGAUGACGACGACAAUGGCGCUGGAAAACGCAUGCGAAGUGCGUCUCCCGACGACGAUCUGGACGAAGAGCCCGGCCUGUUUGUCACGCGCGGCGCAAUCCAUGCCGAUGGCGUUGGCGAGUCGUUUGACGAUCUUCUCCAGUGCCUUGGCAAAGGCCGCGUGACCAACAUUGCUUUGCGCCAGCCCGACGGCUCGUUCCGGCGCAUUGCAGGUGGCCCCUUGUUUAAAUUGCACCCCGCCUCUACGUUGCAUCCUGCUCGGCACACUGCGCGCGGCUCGUUAGCCUCGGCGGUGCAAGCAGUUGUGUUUGAAGAGCUGAUGCUCACAUCGCAGACGUUUGCGCGGACUGUGUCACGGAUUGAGCCCGCGUGGCUGCAAGCGCUGAUUGCACGUACUACAUAG